UGAGCCGCGGCGCUGCGCAUUACGCACUGGACCUGGAUCGAUCCAUAGACUUUUCUAAAGUGCCUCGGGGUUUCUCUUCAUUUUGGUUUCCUAGCUGUAAGGAGCGUCAUGACCACACAUAGAAAACACAAGGAUUAACUCUUUCAUCUGAAUGCGCAAAGACAACAGUGUCCACGUUAAGAAGGUCGACAUUGGACAGGUGCAUCUAACAUCGCAUCCCCAGGUCUUCAGCAUCAGAAAACCUUCCUUAUUGACUAUCUGUGAAAAUGGAUGACCUAUAGCCGGAUCUUAUCAAACUCUUUACGUUAUCUCCAAACAUUUACAUUUAAACAUUUGGAAGACGAUGUUAUCCAAACCUGCUUACAGAAGUGAGGAGUACAACGGAGGCAAUAGCAUAUAGGACAGAUGAUGAAGAAUGAUAAAUAGCUAAAUGAUGCACUGGGAGAUUAUAUAGUUUUUAACGUAUGGAUAAACAUCUUGUCUAUAGAAUGAUAAGCAUGAUACCUGCCCGGCAGAGAGCUCGGUUUGUGAUGCGCAUAUUGAAUUGCGCAUUUUUCCUGUUUCCUGGAUUUUUGCAAGGCUUCAAAGAGUCCAGAUGUGUUGAAUACGCCUGCAGCCCUCCUAUGGGUAACUUGGCCAGUGGCAGGACCCUCUUCACGCUUUUCAACUCGUCCUGCUUGCCAACCCACCCACGCUGUGUAACAGAUCUCCAUCCUCCUUCCAUGAUGUCCGAUGACCCAUUUUUUCAUCCAGAUACUUGGUGGGCUUCUGCGGUGGCCGCUGGAGAAAAGGAUGAAAUCCGUCUGGACUUGGAAAAACGGUUCUGCCUGACUCACGUUGUGUUGUCGUUCCGGUCUCCGCGUCCUGCUGCUAUGAUGCUGGAACGCUCGCAGGACUUCGGUCAGACCUGGGAAACGCUAAAGCUGUUUGCCAGGAACUGCAGUGAGAUGUUCGGGGUCCCUGAUGAUGCGAGCCAAGCAGGAGCUCUAUGCACAUCCAGAUAUUCCAAUGUGGUCCCAUGCAGCAGAGGAGAGAUCAUAUUCCGGUCCAUAGGAUUGGGAAGUGGGAUUGUCGAUCCUUACAGCCCUGAAGCUGUGUCCCGUCUCACACUGACUAACCUGCGAAUACAGCUUUUAAAAUCUCAGCAGUGUCCACCCUCCAAGGGUCAACGGAGCAUCCUGGACCCCUCAAACGCCUCAUUUUUACCCACAGUGCACAGCAGGUCACUCACGGCUCUCACAUCCACCUCAGCUCAAUUAGAUUCAGUGCCUUUUGCCAUCUACUAUCUUGUGGCUAAAGGGAUGUGUCUGUGUCAUGGUCAUGCUGAAAAUUGCCUUCCUAAAAAUAAAGGACAAGAUAGCAAUACGGUGUCUGGCGUGUGCGUGUGUACCCACCACACAGCUGGUGAGCACUGCGAGAGAUGUGAGCCGCUCUACAAUGACCGACCUUGGAGGGCGGCCAACGGAAGCAGUGGCGAGAGCAACACGUGCCAGAAAUGUGAGUGUAAUGGCCACGCAGAGAGCUGCCACUUCUCACAGCGAGUGUGGUUGUCCACAGGGGGCAGUAGUGGGGGCGUCUGUGAUAGCUGCCAGCAUAACACUGUGGGCCGCCGGUGCCAGCGCUGUUGUCCUGGAUACCACCGCCACCCUGCCCGACCCCUCAACUCGCCGCAUGCUUGCACACGAUGCUUGUGUGACCCAGUUGGCUCUGUGUCAAUGAGCAGCGAGACGCCAUGGUGCCAUCCCAGAAGUGGGCAGUGUCACUGUAAACCUGGUGUGGGUGGUACCACCUGCAGUCAUUGUCUCCCGGGGUACUGGGGCUUUGGAGAGGAAGGCUGCAAAGUUUGUGUGUGCCCUUUGACCUGUGACCCCAUCACAGGUCACUGUCCAGACAGCAGAGGGAAUGUCAAGCUUUACAAUGUACCCAUUGGUGGGAAAAUUCCUGAACUGUCCCACUUUAAACCUCAAGAGGAUGAGAGGGUGUGGCCUAAAGAACUCGCAGUCUCUGCACUGUACUUCACAGGAAAGUGUAGCUGUAAAGAGAAAAGGCUGAAAAGUAUGUCUGAUCUUUGUAAGAUGAAACAUGCAUAUGUGAUCAAAGCCAGUGUGUUAACGGCUCAUGAUAAAGGCACACACGCCGUUGUCCAGGUGAAGGUGAGAAAAGUGUUUCGUUCCGGAAAACUGCCUCUCUUGCAGGGCACACACAAUGUGUACCCGCUGUCCUGGACCAGCCGUGGCUGCACCUGCCCCAUUCUUAACCCAGGUGGGAGUUAUUUGCUGGCUGGUCCAGAAGAGCUAAACACAGGGAGGCUAUUGGUCACAAUGCAGAGCCUUGUGGUGCCGUGGACCCCAACCCUGGGCUUUCAAGUUACAGAAGCACUGCACCAGGCCUGCCUAUGAUGAUAACCAGAAUAUAGCACAACAUUGUGCAAACUUGAAAGACUUUCCAGACCUAUCUUACCAAAGCAGCUGGAAAAAUGUAUGGACCAGAUGUAAUGUAAUGAGGUCAAUUACCACAGGAAUCUUAACUAAAAUACUGAAGACAAUUCAAAAAGGAUGUCCAUGGCAUAAAACCGGAUAUACAGAAUAGUCCUUUUAACUUCUUGACCAUCUGGAUAUCAAGAACAGUUUGGACGAGGCUCUUUUAAAACACCUGCUUCUCGUAGUGGCUAAAAGAGAAUCUCGACAAUGGAUUUCCAAAGCACAAGUACUCGCUUUUCUUUCCUGUGUUUAUGUACUUCCUAUUGAAACAGAUAGUCGUUUUGAUGGGCUCAUCCCUGUUUUUUUCCUUAUAGUCGCAAGGCAAAACCACACUUGACAGCUCAUCUGAUGGACCAAAGAAAGUAAUGAAAAUGAAUUUUAGCCACUUCCUUCGCAAACCAAUUGAAGAAUUGAAUGGAAAUCAAUUCAACUUUAUGGAACACACUAGUUGAAGAUAACAGAAAGCAGGCAUAAACUCAAAUCCAGACAAAUUGAUUUGAAAAAAGAUAUGAACUGAAGGAACCAAUGAUAGGUGUGUUAUUAGGACAAUUGAGAAGCACUGAUCUUUGCAUGAAGAGAC